AUGAAGAAAGGAAAGUCGUUCCUUGCCGAUGCAGGAGGCUCUAAGGACAGUGCUGAUCCGGAACAAUUAGGGACAUUUAAGGUCACAGACGAGAAUGAGCCGCCCACUUAUCAGGAAGCCACAGCAGGCUAUCCGGACAUGGAGGCCCAGUUUGCGUGGGAUGACAAAAUUAUCCGACAGACUUUCAUCAGAAAGGUGUACGCCAUCUUACUGACGCAGCUGCUCGUGACCGUCGGGAUUGUCUGUCUCUUUACAUUUUGUGAGCCGGUGCGGUACUACAUCCAGACUCACCCAGGCCUGUACUCUGCGUCUUACCUCAUGUUCUUUGCUACGUACAUCGCGCUCAGCUGCUGUGGAGAUCUGAGGCGGCAGUUUCCCUGGAACGUCAUCCUCCUGGUGCUGUUUACGUUGAGCAUGGCCUUCAUGAUGGGAUUCAUGUCCAGUUUCUACAACACAAAGUCGGUGUUGUUGUGUCUGGGCAUCACCUCGAUGGUCUGUCUCUGCGUGACGCUCUUCAGCUUCCAGUCCAGGGUGGACGUUACUUCCUGCCAGGGCAUCCUGUUUUCUCUGUGUAUGGUGAUGCUGCUGUGCGCCAUUACCAUGUCCAUCGUGGUGCCCUUUGGAUACGUGCCGUGGUUACAUGCGACUUACGCGGUGUUAGGAGCCAUACUGUUCACUCUGUUCUUGGCCUUCGACACACAGAUGUUACUGGGGAACAAGCGCUACGCCAUCAGCCCAGAGGAGUACAUAUUCGCCACACUCAGCAUCUACCUCGACAUCAUCUACCUCUUCAGCUUCAUGCUCACGAUCUUCGGAGGAGGACGCGACUGA